GCCCUCAGAUUAAAGGCUCCAGAGAAAGCUUGAAUUCUGACGGAGAGGAGAAAGAGAGAAAAUUCUUGCACCCUAACAAUGUGGCGCGGAGCAGCGGCGUCACAGGGAAGUCGGCCUCCAGCCUGGGCCUGGCGGACUUCGAGCUGCUGAGGGUCAUCGGCAGAGGCAGCUACGCUAAGGUGCUGCUGGUGCAGCUGAAGAAGACGGAGCGCAUCUAUGCCAUGAAAGUUGUCAAGAAGGAGCUCGUCAACGACGAUGAGGACAUUGAUUGGGUCCAAACAGAAAAGCACGUCUUUGAGCAGGCCUCUAAUCAUCCAUUCCUGGUCGGCCUUCACUCUUGUUUCCAAACAGAAAGCAGACUCUUCUUUGUUAUCGAAUAUGUAAAUGGAGGAGAUCUCAUGUUCCACAUGCAGAGACAAAGAAAACUCCCAGAAGAGCACGCCAGAUUCUACUCGGCAGAGAUCAGCCUGGCGCUUAACUACCUCCACGAGCGAGGAAUCAUCUACAGAGACCUGAAACUGGACAAUGUGCUGCUGGACUCAGAGGGACACAUCAAACUUACAGACUACGGAAUGUGCAAGGAGGGUUUGAGACCAGGCGACACAACAAGCACUUUCUGUGGUACCCCCAAUUACAUCGCUCCUGAAAUACUCAGAGGAGAGGAUUAUGGGUUCAGCGUGGACUGGUGGGCGCUGGGCGUUCUGAUGUUCGAGAUGAUGGCGGGCCGGUCGCCCUUCGACAUCGUCGGCAGCUCAGACAAUCCAGACCAAAACACAGAAGACUACCUCUUCCAAGUUAUAUUGGAAAAACAGAUCCGAAUCCCUCGUUCGUUGUCAGUCAAAGCUGCCAGCGUUCUCAAGGGAUUCCUCAACAAGGAUCCUAAGGAGCGUCUGGGCUGCCACCCUCAGACGGGCUUUGGCGACAUCAACGGCCAUCCGUUCUUCCGAAACGUCGACUGGGAGCUUCUGGAGCAGAAGCAGGUGGUCCCUCCAUUCAAACCUAACAUCUCAGGGGAAUUUGGACUGGACAACUUCGACGCCCAGUUCACCAACGAGCCCAUCCAGCUCACGCCGGACGACGAGGAUGUGGUGAAGAAGAUCGACCAGUCUGAGUUUGAAGGCUUCGAGUACAUCAACCCCCUGCUGAUGUCUGCGGAGGAGUGCGUGUGAGAGACCCGACGUGAACACCACCCACGCACACACCGUUCCAACUACGUGUUUACGUGUCUUCAAGCUGCAUGGUUACGAGACGACCCGGCGACAUCAGCCUUUUGUUCCAGGGCCGCACAUGCACACCAGAACGCUUAUUUGCCAAAACCAGUCUCACACUCUGCCAUUUAUAACCACUUGCCCUUAAACCUUCUUUUUUUAAUUAUUUUUUAUACACCAUGUAAAUCUCCUUCGUUGUCAGUACUCUUCAUCGGGGGGCCUCUCCUUUAGUAAACAACGUAGACAUAAAAGUUCUUCCAAGGUCGCCGUACGAGUGGGGGGCGAGUCACGGCCCCCCGCAGACUGAGCAUCACUAACUUUCAGCUGGUGGGGUGUUUUCAAUGCAGAUUUAUUUGUACAUAUAUACAUAAAGAAGAAAGUGCUACUGAGGACAAACAUUAGACAAGGCCUUUUCUUUUUGUUUGUUUUUGUUUGUUUUUUUCUUUUUUUUUAGCUUCAAGCCACAGUCGGACAAAAAUGACACCUUAUUUGUCACUUUUGAAUUAGCUUUGUCUUGUUUAUCCUUUAGAAAAUUAAAACAAUAUAACACUAGAUAAAAAAAUCUAUAUAUUUUUCUCAUAUUUUAUUUAACAUAUCAGUUAUAAGUGUGAACAGAUCCAGCCUGAGUAGGUGAACUAGAUCAGCGCUCAAAAUCUGGAAACGGUAACAAAAUAAGAGCUUCAGGUCCCUUCUCCACACAAUGAAGGAAAAUGAAACUGAAGUAUAAUGUUGAGUUUAUGCUCUCAAAACUGUGAAUGAAAGAGCUGUCGGGAAACGGGCUGGAGGAAUAGCACAAAGUACCUGAGCGCAGGUUUAUUGUCGCCGUGCAGAUUUUCCACAAAAAAAAGAAAAAAAAAAGAAAACACUCACACAGGACCAAAAAAUAAAUAAACAUUUUUAUGAAAAAUGUCUUUGCCGGUACUUGUUAGCUGGUACAGUAUACAUGAGGAAAUGUGCUGUCCUAGGUCAUAGAAUUUAUAUAUUCAGACUUUUUUUUAUCACUAUGCCUUUCUAAAACGUAUGUUCUAUUUUUUUUUUGUUUGUUUUUUGUAUUUUUUUCAUUCUAGUUCUUUUGUCAGAAAUCCAAAAAAAACAACAAAAAAAAACACUAAACUAUUGUUGAGACGUGUCCGAACCUACAACACUGAGCAGUCAGUUUUCAUCCUGAAACAUGGCUUUAAAAUCUGUUUCUUGUUUUUAUCUUAUUUUAUUUUACUACACGCAGCAUAGAAUUAAGAUUUUUGGAAUAAAUAUUUUAUAAAUCAGCUUUAAAACAAACAAAAGCCCCAAUGACCAUCCAUAUGUUUCGUGUUUGUUCAGAAUACAUUACAGGGGUUCACGUGGUCAUAGUCUUCUGUUACAACCUUUUUUUAAUUAUUAUUUUUGUUUGGCUUUGUUACUGUUGACUCAAAUUUAAAUAUUUCUUUCUUUAUCACUACAUUGAUUCCAAAAUGUUAAAGGGUGAACCCGAUAGAAACACUAUUGUAUUUGUUUUGCAGAUGAUCUGCAGGACUUUAUUAUUAGUGCUUUAAAGAAGGAAAAAAAAAGAUGGUAAAAUAAACAUUUUAUUUCUCUUGUGGUAAAAA